AUGGCCGACACUGAGACGGAAGGCUUGCGAAGCACCUUUCCCUCGUACAUGGCCGAGGGCGAGCGGCUCUAUCUCUGCGGGGAGUUCUCCAAAGCCGCCCACAGCUUCAGCAACGCACUUCACCUUCAGCCCGGAGAUAAGAAUUGCCUGGUUGCCCGCUCCAAGUGCUUCCUGAAAAUGGGGGAGUUGGAGAAAUCCCUGCAGGAUGCCGAAGCUUCACUACAGGAUGACCCGAAUUUCUGCAAGGGAAUUUUGCAAAAGGCUGAGACCCUGUACACCAUGGGAGACUUUGAGUUUGCCCUGGUAUUCUAUCAUCGAGGCUACAAGCUGCGGCCUGAUCGGGAAUUCAAAGUUGGAAUUCAGAAAGCCCAGGAAGCCAUUAACAACUCAGUGGGAAGUCCUUCUUCGGUGAAACUGGUGAACAAAGGGGACCUCUCCUUCCUGAGUAAGCAAGCCGAGAGUCUGAAAGCCCAGCAGAAGCCUCAUCCCAUGAGACAGAUCAUCACCCUUCCAAAGAAGGAAACCAAGCGGAAGGUCUCAUUCAAGAGUGAGAAGAUUGUCCGCCAGCUUCUGGGGGAGCUCUAUGCGGACAAGGAGUAUCUGGAGAAGCUUCUUUUGGAUGAAGACCUUAUCAGAGGCACCAUCAAGCAAGGCCUGACAGUGGAGGACCUCAUCCUGACGGGCAUCAACUACCUGGACACCCGCAGUAACUUCUGGAGGCAGCAGAAGCCCAUCUACGCGCGGGAGCGGGACCGAGCGCUGAUGCAGGAGAAGUGGCUACGGGACCGCAAACGCCGCCCCUCUCAGACGGCUCACUACAUCCUCAAGAGCCUGGAGGACAUCGACAUGUUGCUGACCAGUGGCAGUGCUGAGGGGAGCCUUCAGAAAGCUGAGAAGGUGCUGAAGAAGGUUCUGGAAUGGAGCAAGGAGGAAGUGCCCAAUAAGGACGAGCUGCUUGGAAACCUGUACAGCUGCAUAGGCAAUGCCCAGAUCGAGCUGGGCCAGAUGGCAGCCGCCCUGCAGAGCCACCGAAAGGACUUGGAGAUCGCCAAGGAAUAUGACCUUCCUGAUGCCAAGUCAAGAGCCCUUGACAACAUUGGCAGGGUGUUUGCCCGAGUUGGGAAAUUCCAGCAGGCCAUUGACACAUGGGAGGAGAAGAUCCCUCUGGCCAAGACCACCCUAGAGAAGACCUGGCUGUUCCAUGAGAUCGGGCGCUGCUACUUAGAGUUGGACCAGGCCUGGCAGGCGCAGAACUACGGCGAGAAGUCCCAGCAGUGUGCCGAGGAAGAAGGGGACAUUGAGUGGCAGCUGAACGCCAGUGUGCUGGUGGCUCAGGCCCAAGGCCUUGGAUGAUGCCAACAAGGGCAUUGUAGAAGGAUUGAAAAACAGUUUCCGGGGGAGUUUCUUCGAAAAGAAAGGUGAG